CCCGUCCCUAUACAGCAGCGAGCAGCAGCGCAUCCAUCCUGCCGUGGAGUCGCAGGGACAGUGGAGCCUCUAGGAGCUCUCUCUCUCACACACACAUACACACACACAGCGACGGAAGAUGGACGGAGUGGGAUCGUUCGGAGCGGGCCGGACCGGGUCCACUAUCGACCCGAUCACAUUCGCCAAACAACCGCAGACCAUCCUAAGAGUGCUGUCCUGGAUAUUUUCCCUGGUGGUCUUUGCCUCUAUCGUAAACGAAGGUUAUGUUAACUUAGGCAGUGAGCGUCUCCACUGUGUCUUCAACAAGAAUGCAGAUGCAUGUAACUACGGUGUGUUUGUGGGCCUGGUGGGAUUGCUGGCAUGUUCCUUCUUCUUCCUGCUUGACUACAAGUUCGCCUCCAUCAGCUCUGUUAAAGACAGGAAGAAGGCUGUGAUGCUUGAGAUUGGGUUUUCAGGUUUCUGGGCUUUUCUGUACUUCGUAAGUUUCUGCUUCCUGGCUAAUCAGUGGUCUCGAACACAAACUGACGACCUGCCACUCAACCAGGGGGCAGAUGCAGCUCGAGCAGCAAUUGCCUUUUCUUUCUGCUCUAUAAUCACCUGGGCUGGCCUAACAGUGCGUGCAGUCCAGAAAUAUCUGCUCGGUACAGACAUGACCCUUUUCACCACUGAGCACAUGGACGGCGGAGCACCCACCCAGCCAUACCCCUCCAAUUCACCAGGAGGAGGCACUACUGAGACCACAGAGACCUACCAGAGUCCACCAUUCACCGAGAACAACGCAGCACCCACGUACCAGGUUCCCAUUUACUAGAAAAGAUAGACCUGGUGGUUGAAGAAGGAGGUGGGAGAGAGAUAUACAGAUGGGAGGAAAUUGCUUUCUGUGAUUUUGGUUUCAAAUGCAGUUGUUCAUGUGUUGAUCCAGGCCGAAUUAAAAAAGUGGCCUCUG